UAACCUAAAAUAAAUCAAGACUACAGGGCCAAUAUCGUCACUCAAGCAACCAUUACAGCUGAACCACCUUUUAAUCUGGACUUGGCCUGUUCGUUUGUAUAUCCAUCUCUGUUUUUCUUUUACCAGAUAUUCCCCCGUCCCCCCUUUUGUUUGGAUAGAAAACUCUAUGGUUAGCUAAACAACAAUGGCCACGACAGCAGUUCUAACACUUACUCCUCUCUCUUCCACUUCUUUCUUGACUGCCCAUACGUACUCCAAGCUUUCCUCUGCAUUAACUUCAACUUCCAUCAAACCCAAGUUUAGAAGCUAUCAAAUCAAAGCUAUUAAAGAAAAAGCUGAAGAAAUUCAAACCCCCCCUUCAUCAUCAUCGUCAUCAUCUGUGGAUGAGGUUACAAAGAAGUAUGGCCUUGAAGUUGGGCUAUGGAAGAUAUUCAGCUCAAAGGAAGAAGGGGAACAAAAGAAAUCAAAAGGGGAUCAAGCAAAAGAGCUUCUAGCAAAAUAUGGAGGGGCAUACUUGGCAACCUCUAUUACUCUCUCCUUGAUAUCCUUCUCCCUUUGUUAUGCACUAAUCAGUGCAGGAGUUGAUGUUCAAGCACUGCUGCAAAAGGUGGGAAUCUCAACUGAUGCUACUGGAGAGAAAGUCGGGACCUUUGCUCUGGCAUAUGCUGCACACAAAGCUGCAUCUCCUAUAAGGUUUCCUCCAACUGUGGCUCUCACUCCUAUUGUUGCGGGUUGGAUAGGAAAGAAGGUUGAAAAAGAUAAGUGAAAUGUUUGGGUACUUCCAAAUUCAAUGCUCCUGUCUCAUCAUCAUAUUUAGUGUACAAGUAAUACAUGGUUUUCUUUGGUUGUUUCCCAUGGAGGCUUGAAGAGUUUUUCUUGAAGCUUCAAAAAUGAUUUUGGUUGAUUUGAGUGUGCUUGCAAUCGGGUUAAUUGCAAAGACUAGCAUUCAUUUGUUGAAAAUAGACAUAAGAUUGUAAUAAUAAAAAGAUUAAACCUAAAUAUAA